CUCUCUCUCUCUCUCUUUCUCUCUCCCUCCCCUGCGCCUGUCUCCAUCUCUUCUCCUCCUCACUGGUCCUUUAAGCCGGCUGCAUCACAGGAGCUAUCCAGUGCUGAACAGGAUCACUUUUAUUUAUUUAUUUUUCAUUUUUUCUGGGGGAAACUGAGGGAGCCAGAGUGCAUUACACAGCAUUGAAAUCAGCGUUGUUUUCACCACUGGGUUGCAUUUUUUUUUUAUUAUCAUCUUUUGUUUUUCGGACACUGUUUUCUUCACAAGGAUUAACCGUGAAGCCAGCAUUAUACCCGUGUGCUCUCUCUCUCUCUCUCUCUUUUUUAAGAAGGUUUUUAUUUUUUGCUUUCAUGCGUUUUCCGCCGCUCUGUGUUAUCAUCCACUGAAACAUGCCCCGUUCGUUUUUGGUGAAGAAGAUCAAGCUUGAUGAUUUUUCUUCAUCCAAUGCAGCCACCAACAAUCAUCACCACCACCUAAACGACUCGCUGACUUUUGCAGGCUCCAUCACAGACUCGGUGACCAGCCUCGGCGGUGUUCGUCUGAGCGAGAAUGGCUACAUCCAGGAUUACAUCACGCCAUCUGUAUACCAGGGGGAGAAGAAGAUGGAGCACAAGCCGGUGUCGGACCCGCUGUACACCCACGUGAGCAGCGGCGGCGAGUACUGCGACCCCGACCUGAAACACCCCGACAGCCCCCAGUCGGGCAUGACCGCCAGCGGCUUCUACAGCGGCGAAUCGGAGGCCCUGUCCGAGGGUUACACCAUGGAUGCCUUCUUCAUCUCUGACGGGCGCUCGAGACGAAAGGGAGACGUCGAGGCUCGCGAGGGAGAUUCGAGAAGCAGCAGCGCCAACGCCGCCGCGCAGGAGAGGGCGACGGGUACGGCUCGCCACACCUGCAACGAGUGCGGGAAGACGUACGCCACCUCGUCCAACCUCAGCAGACACAAGCAGACGCACCGCAGCCUCGACAGCAAGAUGGCGCGCAAGUGUCCCACGUGCGGUAAAGUGUACGUGUCCAUGCCGGCCUUGGCCAUGCACAUCCUCACCCACGACCUCAAGCACAAGUGCGACGUGUGCAGCAAGGCCUUCAGCCGGCCGUGGCUCCUGCAGGGUCACAUGCGCUCGCACACGGGGGAGAAGCCCUUUGCUUGCGCGCACUGUGGCAAAGCCUUUGCCGACCGCUCAAACCUCCGCGCCCACAUGCAAACACACUCUGCCUUCAAGCACUACAGAUGCAAGCGCUGCAAUAAAACCUUCGCUCUCAAGUCCUACCUGAACAAGCACUAUGAGUCAGCUUGCUUCAAGGGCUCCGCAGACGAAGACGACUCUGGAUCAGACAACUAACAGUGUGGAAGUUGCGGAAUUUUGAACCCCCCCGCCCCCCUCCCUUUCACCAUUAUAGGUUCACAACCGUUAAACCCCCGAUCACUCUGCCUUCCAUGCCUUUUUUUCUUCCCUUUUUUUAGAAAGCAAUAUUUUCACUGAGAUUAUGAAGAAGCUCUAACGAUAACGGCAAAGACUAUUUCAGAAGAUGCUGGAUUUCUUUUUCCCUGCACAGUAGCUAAUCGUCCACAGAUAAAUACAAUCAUUGACCUUUCCCAAAUAGAAACUGUAGAUGAUAGUCGUAGACGUAAGCGACGUGCUCAUGCACUAGCAUGGGCGCAGACGAACACACACACACACACACACACUUAUACACACGUUCACAAUUAUAUACGAGGCCUGGCAUGUGAAUUUUUAUCAAUGACUAUACUAAUAUCAAUAGUAAUAAUAUUUAGAUUCUUGAUAUUUUAUAGCAAAUAGUAAUGAGAAAAAGAACAAAAAAAAAACAACCUAAAAAAGGACAGUGUUUUGUUUUUUUUUUAGAGACAAAAUGACCUCUUGUAUUUUUAUGCUGCUUUUUAUUUGCUAAGAAUUGAAUUCUUUUGCAACUGCCAACAUGAACUUUUUAUGAAAAUGUGAACUAUGACAGUAUUUGCAAAAAAAAAAACAAGGGGAGAUCAUUUUAAAAAGGUUAAAAAGACAACCCCCUUUUUCCACACCAAUGUUAUUUUUCUAUUUGAUUUUUCUAAAAUUAUUUUUUUGUGCUUAAUAUUUCUUGUUAAAAAAAAAACAAAACAUCUUUGUAACUGUGGGUAUUUCCAAAACAUUUUACGAAGCUCUCCAUUGAUGUUGAAAUUCUUUAAGAGCUAAGAUGUGGAAGUGACCUGUGUGACAGGUCUCAUGUACUGGAAUUAAGUCGUCUGACUCAAAUAACCGGAGAACCGGAAUAAGAGGUCGGGUGGUUUAUUUGUCGACGGUUAUGAAAAUACAUUGUUCUUCCUCCGCCUUGGUGGCGUACGUCUGCUGCCUUUUUAGGUGCAUGGGUCAGAGAAUGAGCUCUCCUCGCAUAAAAAGUUUGAGUUUGAGCGAACACACCCUCAGUUACAAAGUGACUCUUUUUAUAAUGUCGCUCAAAGCUCCAUUCAUUUUUUUUAAGCUGCGUCUAAUUAGUAUGUAAAUACUUGAUUUCAUUAUUUAUUUCGUAAUUUAUUUUCUAUUUAUUGAAGACUUAAUUGCUAUGUAUUUAUUUAUUUAUAAUUGAAAAUAAUCCGAUGAACUUGUAAGAUGCUGCUGCACUUCAACAAAGAAAAAUGUUUAUAUGCAUGAAAACUGUAGAGAGUCCACCAGGACUUAGUUUUUUAAAGAGGAACAAUGUACAGUACCACCGCAAGCGGAAGUCACACUCUUGGUUUAUUACCGUGGCAAUAACUUCACCGACAUGACAACUGACGUGUUUAACAAUCACAGCUGUCUUGUUUCCACUCGAUGUAGGGCAAUAAAAAGAAACCUCCAAAUAUUCUCAAUCUUGUCUCCUAAAAAAAAUGAACACAAUAAGCUCCCAGAGAUUCUUGAUACAGAUGUAAUGUAGGUGUGAUUAUGUCACACCAAGGUUUCAAAGGUGCAAAAGCAAUAAUAACGGUGGUGCGGUAGCUUUUUUUUUUUUCUACAGAAGUGCUACAAGAAACAAGUGGAAGUGCUAUUUUAUAUGCUUAUUGUUGUGUUAUUGUAUCAAGGUUUUAUAAGAACAGUUAAGGACCAUUUGACUGCUAUAGAAGACUAAUUAAAUGAUUGAAUAACAAAGUGAGCUGCACAGUGCUCGAGUGGUUAGCGUGCAGGCCACACAGCUAAGAGACCCGAUUUUUCGAUUCCGUCCUUGGGUAUCUCUGUGUGGAGUUUGCAUGUUCUUCGGUUUCCUCCCACAUUCCGAAAACAUGCUAGGUUAAUUGGCGACUCCGACUUGUACUAUACAAGUAUACCUACCAACUCAUUCAUUCAUUCGUUUUCUACCGCUUAUCCUCGCGUGCUGGAGCCUAUCCCAGCUUUCUUCUGGCGAGAAGAAUUAUAGAAACUCACAUUCACAUAAUUAACCUAACAUGGAUGUUUCUGGGGGCCACACAGUCAGGAGAUCAGUUUCGACCUGGGUUCGAUUCUUUAGAGAAGGUCAUGAACAAGCAUUUAUGGUCAAUAAAUAGUUAUGUUGGGCUGCACGGUGUUAAAGUGGUUAGCGCGCAGGCCAAACAGCUAAGAAUCCAGAGUUCGAUUCCAUCCUCGGCUAUCUCUGUGUGGAGUUUGCAUGUUCUCCCCGUGCAUGCGUGGGUUUUUUUCCGGGUACUCCGGUUUCCUCCCACAUUCCAAAAACAUGCUAGGUUAAUUAGCGAUUCCAAAUUGUCCAUAGGUAUGAAUGUGAGUGUGAAUGGUUGUUUGUCUAUAUGUGCCCUGUGAUUGGCUGGUGACCAGUCCAGGAUGUACCCCACCUCUCUUGCCCCAAGACAGCUGGGAUAGGCUCCAGCACCCCUGUGACUCUUGUGAGGGGAAGCGGUAAAAAAUGAAUGAAUGAAAUAACAAAGUGGGCUGCACGGUGCGAAAAGUGGUUAGCGUGCAGGCCACACACCUAGGAGACCCGAGUUCGAUUCCACCCUUGGGCAACUCUGCGUGGAGUUUGCAUGUUUUCUGGUUUCAUCCCACAUUCCAAAAACAUGCUAGGUUAAUUAGCGACUCCAAAUUGUCCAUAGGUAUGAAUGUGAGUGUGAAUGGUUGUUUGUCUAUAUGUGCCCUGUGAUUGGCUGGCGACCAAUCCAGGGUGUACCCCGCCUCUGUCGCCCCAAGACAGCUGGGAUAGGCUCCAGCACCCCCUGCGACCCUUGUGAGAAUAAGCGGUAGAAAAUGAAUGAAUGUAAAAAAAAGUAGGAUCUGGUAAACAAUCUAAUGCACAUCCGACUCCCCCUGUUAUUCGUCCCCGACAUCCUCCCCCUCGCCCCAUCAGCCUCCAUCUCCAUCCCAACUGCCUCUAAACAGACGCACAGAGGAUGAGAUGUGCUGAAGUGGGAUUGGCGGAGGGCGGCCGAGUGUGGGAGGAUAACAGGUGUUUGCAGACAGACUGCAGAUAGGAAGCGUAAUUGAGUUGGUGAGCAACCUCCAAGGGGAAGGUCAAGCACCAGCAGGCAAAUGCACUGUCAGCUAUUUGCAUAUUGCAAAUGGAUGAAACCAUCGCAGUGACGGCGAAUUUCUAACACUAAAAGAAAAAAAAGGAGUUUCCGCUCUGUUUAUGCGGCCGAUAUAUCCUGUCGACGGCUGUCGACAGCAGUGCAGCUGAAUCACUGCGUGAGAGCAACCGAACCACCUGUCUCCUAUCACCACCAUUUGGCACGUCUAUGAAUGAUUGAACUUUGAACCAACGCACAAAUCAUUACUUCCAUCAGACUCUUUCUUAUAGGUUAUAUAUAUAUUUUGUGUCUAUUUUACAGUAGGAGAACGAUAAAGCAUUUUAAGCGUUGAGUUUGAAGCAGAUUGGAUUAUUGACUUCCACAUUGUGACCGAAACGCGGCAUUGUUCCUCUUUGACAAUUUUUUUGUAAAUAGAUGUGUAAAUACAUAACAGCUAUAAUAUGCAUGUAGACAUUUAAUUUCCCUUUUUUUUCUACCCAUUCUGUCUUUUUUUUUUCUUACAAAAAAAAAGAGACAAAAACAUGUAUGAAUUACAGUCUGGGUGGCCACAUGAAUCAGGGAGUGUCUCGAUAUUCUGGAAGCUACAAAGAAUUGAUCAUGCUCAACCCCUUCCCCCCUUCCUUCCCCCCUAUUCCUUCCUUUAUUUAUGUGUGCAGCUCGGCUGUGCAAAGAGAAGUGCCAAAAAAGUAUGAUUUCCAUGACAAAAGCCUUCAACAUAUGGUUGGCUGCUUGAAACCUUCCAUAUGGCCCUCAAAGAAAAAAAAAAAAAAAAAACUGAUUAAGAUUUUCCACUUUCUCGCUCUUUCUCUCUCUAUUUCUCUCUCUCUCUCUCUUUCUAUUUCUCUUUCUGAAACUUAAGCCAUGAUUGCUGAGGGGUGUUUUGAUUUCUCUUGUUCUGCUACAAUUUAUGAUGACAACAAUAGCAAUGAUAACGUUAAUAAAAACAAUAGCACAAGCAACCUGCAUGUCUACUCUUAUUGCAGAAAAAAAACUUUCUUGUUUGUCAUUUUUCAUGCAACAUACACAAUAAUUGACCCGAAUGCUGUAUGAGAACCAAAUCACGUAUAAUGUAUUCUGCAAAUUGGUGUAAUAUAUAAGUGUGAAACACAUCGAGAGGGGAAGUGGACUUAGUCAACAUUAACUCAGUGGGUAAUUAUGACAGUAAUGCGCCUUCAGCUGGUGCCUCCUCUGUCAUUGUUUGAGAGGUUUUAAGGGCUUUAUUGUCAAUUUACUUCAAAUUUCAUUACUAGGAAGCACACAGCUAUACUAUUGUUCGGCGUGGCUGUCUUGGAUAGGAGAGAACGUGACGGGGCUGAUGACACUUUGAAUAAGAGCUAAGACGUCUGAAUUAUUUAAAAAAAAAAACAAAAAAAACCCAGGCAUCUGUUUUAAGCUCUUCCUGGUCAUUACAUUUUUAAUGGGACAUUGAUUUUAUGCUGGAACUACUCUUUCUGAGUGACUCCAUAAAUAUGGAAGAAAAUAAAAAUGAAUCAUGACACCAGACAGGGAUUAUUAUUCUGGGUUUUUUUCUUGAUUAGUUUCCAGGGAAUAUACAACACUUCAAUUGAAGUGCUUGUGUCCUUCAGAGUCCUCUAGCAGCUCCGCGGCAUCAUGACCGAGCAUUGCCGAGAUAUUCUUGCCUUCCACGUGGAAGCCGUUAAUUUAAAGGCAUACAAAAAGAGCCAAUAAAUGCAUGCCGACGCCCGUCCCGGAACUGUGUUAAAUACAGAAACAACAGGACAAGCUUCACCCUGCACACAUGUCGCUGCUUAAUAAUAAGGUUUUACGAAGCAAGUAAACAACUGCCUUCAUUACAUGGCAACAGACUGUAAAAUGGGGACCCGUGCAAUUCAAUUACAUCACCAGCCUGUGCAACAGGAGCCAUCAUCAGCACCGUGAGGAAGGUGGGGAGGGCAUGUAGCCCCGCAUGCACAUCAACCAAAGACUGCCGCCGCCAACGCCGCCGCCGCCCGCUGCCACGCUCUCCCAGAGCAUGUCAAGUAAAUUAUUGAAACCAACCUGCAAAAUUGAGAGCGUGAUGCUCACACUUCAAAGAUAUUGACCCCGAGGAGGCAUCAUCGUUUGAGAGAACAUAUGAAUAUUUCUGAAAGAGGGAGAUGGGUCGCUGCAAGGUCACGGGGGCCUCACGGCUCACAUUCAUCCACAGUUGAUACUUGAUGGUGUAUUUUCCUACUGAUUCUUAAUAAUGAAAGGCAUCAUAUUCGACAAGAAAACCUCCCCGUAUGUAAACAAAGCGCAACUUACAGCAAAAGACGAAUAUGAUACAUUCUCAGAGAAUCUUCUAUUUGAAGUACAUUUUGAAAUUGUUAGUUGUAGUUGUAGGAUGAGUGGUGAGCACGUAGGCCACACAGCUAAGAGACCCGGGUUUGAUUCCCCCCCUCAGGCAUCUCUGUGAGUUUGCAUGUUC